GUCCCUAUGGGGAGGAGUUAUGACUGAAAGCUUGUUGAAUGUAACAGAAUUCAUGUGUCUUGGUGUACAGAAGUGGACAUGUUCUUUAGCAUCUCACUCCUUGUAAUUUCCGUCGCCCCUUUGUGUGGGGCUUUGGAGAGUGGUAUUAUUGGAGGAAAUGAAGUGAAACCACACUCCCGACCCUACAUGGUGUCUGUUCAAAUAAACAAUACACACAAGUGUGGUGGUUUUCUUAUUCGACAUGAUUAUGUGCUGACUGCAGCCCACUGUUUAGAUGACAUGGAAUACUCUGAAAAGGACAAGCUGGAUGUAGUACUGGGAGCUCACAACAUCAGUCAAGCGGAGCCCAAACAGCAGAGAAUCCAGGUGAAGAAAUACAUCAAGCAUCCCUGUUACAAGAGGAAUGAACGUCCAAAUGAUAUUGUGCUACUGGAGCUGAAGUCCAAAGCUAAGCUGAACAAGGACGUAAAGGUUGCUGUUCUUCCACAGAAGAAUGAGAACCUUCCAGCCAAUCAGAUAUGUUCAAUAGCUGGCUGGGGCAGUACAAUUCAGGACGGUGCUGCAUCAAGUGUUCUAAGAGAAGUGAUGCUCAAAGUACAGUUUAACUUUGAGUGUAGAAAAAUAUGGAAUGACCGAUUUUACACUAAUAGCAUGAUCUGCACUGCUGCUAAUGGGAAAAAAGCUUUUUGUGAGGGUGAUUCAGGAAGUCCUCUUAUCUGUGGCAAUGUAGCAGAAGGAAUAGCUGCAUAUACCUUUAAAAAUAAUUGCUUAAACCGCAAUCACCCAGAGGUGUAUAUGAAGAUUUCCUACUUUAUUCCAUGGAUUAAACAAGUAAUAGGCUAGAGCCUGACUGAAGUCUUUUUACUAUUUUAAUCUGAGAUAUUAGACAACACAGACCACAAAUCUAUACUUAUCUUCUAUACUUAGUUUAAUAUUAAUAAAAAUCAGAUUGUAUCCAUAAUUGGAGUUCAACAAAAAAAUCAACAGUUCCCUACUGAUCCUCAAGUUUUAGCAUGCUCCACAAAGCCCCCAGAUCUAUGGAAAACUUCAUCAUGAGUCAGGUGCUAGGUGGCUUUAGUUUUAUAUGUUCUCCUCAUGUCCUUGUAGUUUUCUCCAGUUGUCUCUUUCCUCUCAAAAAGCCACAGUGCCUCUGAGUGUGAAUGUAUUUGUACACAGUGCCCUGAAACCCUGCCCAGGAUAUAGCAGUUACUGAAAGUGAAUGAGUUUAAGAUCAAUUGAGAAUUAACAAUGUGAGUUUUUAGUGAGGUCUUGUGCAUUUUACAUCUAAUAUGUUGUAUUAGUGCCAUCUUCAGGACUACUUGCCAAAAACAUUUUAGAAAUUUAGUAUAUAUAUACUAUAUAUAUAUCCUAAUUUAUACUAUUACAAUAAUCAGCCCACAGCAGUGAUACUGACCCUGCCAUGUAUUUUCAUAAUAAUAAAUGGUUUAAACAAAAAUAUCUCCAUGUACACUGACUGUUGUAUAUAUGGUGAAUAUUUAG